AUGAUACUGUAUGAAGAAUGGCGAAGUCAGCUAGAUUUAUUGUUCAACUCAAAUGUUUUACAGAGUUGGGCUCUUUGCCAAGAAAUCCAUCUGGAUGAUAAGACGAAUGCACUGUCUUUACGUUUAAGGCCUACUCACAGGCUUCAGGAGGACACUAAACGUGUAGAAAAGAAAUCAUUGGAUCACAUACAACUAUGCCUUACAUAUUCGAAGAUAUAUAACGAGCCUUUGUUGCUUUUACGAAUAUGGGAGGAGAAAUGCACAGAGAAUAUACUGUUGACCAAAUUAAUGUUCCCAGCUAAGGUCGAAUCUUUACUGGGUGUCGAAGGCAAGUUUCAAUUGGGGUUGGAUACUGUUAUCGAUUUGGAAAAUAGUCUAUGGUAUUCUUUCCAUCCAUGCGAUACGCCAAAUAUAGUCGGUGAUCUGCCCGAAUUCAAAUCAACUUACUUGAGACGAUGGGUGAGUAUUUUCGUAUUUAGUUGGUUAGGCUAUGAAGGUGCGUAG